GAACCACCGUAGCGAACAUAUCGCUGGUAACUUGCUUGGAAGCUAAUGAUAGUAUCGUGUGCCAUCGAGAACGUCACUGGUAUAUGUCUCGGGUUAUUUUCGUCGUAGGGUCAGUGCGUUCCCUACUGCCGAGAGACGUGUAAGCCUGCUCCACUUCUCAUCGCCUUUCUUCCUUAAUUAUCAGGUGCGUCAGCGGGCAGCAUGCUGCUGGAGGUAGUGGUGGCGGUGCUGGUGGUGGUGCUUAGCGUGAAGGUGUACACCAUCGUCACGGCUGGCCGCUGCACCAGCACCAGGUCCAUGGCGGGCAAGACGGUCAUCAUUACUGGCGCCACGGCAGGCAUCGGGAAGGAGACGGCUCGUGACCUGCUGCGGCGCGGUGCCCGCGUCAUCAUCGCCUGCAGGAACAUGGAGAAGAGUACCAGGGUGGCCGGUGAACUGCGGGACGACGUGGGCAGCGUCGGGGAGGUGGUGGUGCGUCACCUCGACACCUCUGACCUCACCUCCGUCAGGACCUUCGCCAAGGAGGUGCUGGACACCGAGAAGGCCAUCCACGUGCUGGUCAACAACGCGGGCAUGUACAGCCCGGGGGAACGAAAGGUUACAGCGAACGCCCUCGAGCUGACCAUGGCGACCAACCACUUCGGUCACUUCCUGCUGACCAACCUGCUGCUUGGUCGCCUGAAGGAGUCAGUGCAGAGUCGUAUCAUCAACGUGUCAUCCGAGGCCUACAAAUGGCCUGGCGAGAAGGAUAUGAAAGAUCUGGCGAUGAACAUCACGUACUCGCCGUUUCACGCCUAUUCCGUCAGCAAGCUGUGUAACGUUCUCUUCACCCGUGAACUUGCUGAUAGGAUGGCUGGCACGGGCGUGACGGUCAACAGCCUCCACCCAGGCUUCGUGAAGACAGACAUUAUAACCACAAAGUUCAGUUUGUUCUUGUUCACCAUUUACAUCGGGACGUUCUUCGCCGCAAAGGACGUGGUCACCGGCGCCCAGACCACCAUCCAUCUGGCGGUGUCGGAGGAGGUGGAGGGUGUGACCGGCCGCUACUUCGCUGACUGCAAAGAGACAGCCACCACCGAGCUGGCGCGCCGCAAGGACCUGGCCACCGCCCUGUGGGAGGCCAGCGUGAAGGCCGUGGGGCUGCAGCAGCACGAGACACGCUCACAAAACUCUCGUUGGUUAAUGAUGUUAUUGCCUCGCCCACACUCCCUCCCUCCCAACCACAUCUUUCCCCUAGACGUGGUCAAUCAACGUCCCCUUCUGCCCCGCCCCGCCAUGCACACCAGUGACUUGCUUGUUUGGCUGCCGCAGGACUUGGUGUGUGCGUGUUACCUGACCUACAAAGACAGCGGUAGCAGCAACAACAAAAACAACAACCACAAGCGUGCGUCACCGGGCAGCAUGCUGCUGGAGGUAGUGGUGGCGGUGCUGGUGGUGGUGCUUAGCGUGAAGGUGUACACCAUCGUCACAGCUGGCCGCUGCACCAGCACCAGGUCCAUGGCGGGCAAGACGGUCAUCAUUACUGGCGCCACGGCAGGCAUCGGGAAGGAGACGGCUCGUGACCUGCUGCGGCGCGGUGCCCGCGUCAUCAUCGCCUGCAGGAACAUGGAGAAGGGAGCCAGGGUGGCCGGUGAGCUGAGGGCCGACGUGGGCAGCGUCGGGGAGGUGGUGGUGCGACACCUCGACACCUCCAACCUCGCCUCCGUCAGGACCUUCGCCAAGGAGGUGCUAGACACCGAAAAGGCAAUCCACGUGCUGAUGAACAACGCGGGUAUCCUUGGGCCAAACAAAAGACAGGUGACGACGGAAGGCCUCGAGCUGACCAUGGCGACCAACCACUUCGGUCACUUCCUGCUGACCAACCUGCUGCUGGGUCGCCUGAAGGAGUCUGCGCCGAGUCGUAUCGUCAACGUGUCCUCCACGUGCCACUACUGGCCUGCCGAGAAGGAUUUGAAAGAUCUGGCGAUGAAUGUCAAGUACACGUCGUUGCACGCCUACUCCGUCAGCAAGCUUUGCAACGUUAUCUUCACCCGUGAACUGGCGGACAGGAUGGCCGGCACGGGCGUGACGGUCAACAGCCUCGACCCAGGCUUCGUGAAGACAGACAUUAUGCCUUUUGGUUACAACCUCUUCAUACUCGUCAGUCUCUUCCUCAGGACCUUCGCCGCAAAGGAAACGGAUACCGGAGCCCAGACCAAUAUCCACCUGGCAGUGUCGGAGGAGCUCGAGGGCGUGACCGGUCGCUACUUCUCUGACUGCAAGGAGAAACCCGCCCACAAGUUGGUGAGCCGCAAGGACCUGGCCGCCGCCCUGUGGGAGGCCAGCGUGAAGGCCGUCGGGCUGCAGCAACACGAGGCACACUACAUUAGGGAGAGUUUUGAUAGUACCUGGUGCCCCCAAGCCCAGUUGUUGUGUAUAUCUUGGUGUUAUCAGCGCCGCGGGCCCAGUGCAUUCCUGCCUGCAGAGGAAGGUGUAGCCCCGCUCCUCUUCUCGUCUCUCCCAACCGGUGCGUCAGCGGGCAGCAUGCUGCUGGAGGUGGUGGUGGCGGUGCUGGUGGUGGUGCUUAGCGUGAAGGUGUACACAACAGUAAAGGCUGGCCGCUGCACCAGCACCAGGUCCAUGGAGGGCAAGACGGUCAUUAUUACUGGCGCCACGGCAGGCAUCGGGAAGGAGACGGCUCGUGACCUGCUGCGGCGCGGUGCCCGCAUCAUCAUCGCCUGCAGGAACAUGGAGAAGGGCGCCAGGGUGGCCGGUGAGCUGAGGGCUGACGUGGGCAGCGUCGGGGAGGUGGUGGUGCGACACCUCGACACCUCCGUCCUCGCCUCCGUCAGGACCUUCGCCAAGGAGGUGCUGGACACCGAGAAGGCAAUCCACGUGCUGAUCAACAACGCUGGCAUCCUGGGCCCAGACAAAAGACAGGUGACGGCGGAAGGCCUCGAGCUGACUAUGGCGACCAACCACUUCGGUCACUUCCUACUGACCAACCUGCUGCUAGGUCGCCUGAAGGAGUCGGCGCCGAGUCGUAUCGUCAACGUAUCCUCCUCGGGCCACUUCUGGCCUGCCGAGAAGGAUUUGAAUGAUCUGGCGAUGAAUAUCAAGUACUCGAUGAUGCACGCCUACUCCGUCAGCAAGCUGUGCAAUGUUAUCUUCACCCGUGAACUAGCGGACAGAAUGGCUGGCACGGGCGUGACAGUCAACAGCCUCAAUCCAGGCUUCGUGACGACAGACAUUGUGCCCUCCGGUUACAGCUUAUUCGCACUCAGCAUUUACUUCUGCAGGACUUUCGCCGCGAAGGACGCGGCCACCGGAGCCCAGACCAACAUCCACCUGGCUGUGUCGGAGGAGCUCGAGGGCGUGACGGGCCGCUACUUCGAUAACUGCAAGGAAAAACCCGCCAACAAGUUGGUGGACCGCAAGGACCUGGCCGCCGCCCUGUGGGAGGCCAGCGUGAAGGCUGUCGGGCUGCAGCAGCACGAGACAUACUGCUAAAUGCUGAUGUCCGCGACCCCGCCGGUUCACCGCAGACCACUUCUUCGUGCCUCACCCUCACCCCAACAGCAAGAAAACAAAACACUGAUGAAUGCUACUUCACCUCCCCUCAACCCCCCUGACUCACAACAGCACUCGCUAUACGCUUCCCACGGUUCCGCCAGGCGCCUCCCUUGCCUGUUCGGUCUCGGCGUCCUCAUACUGUCCACCUACACGAGGCAUGAUCACAGCCUCCCUUGACCCGCUUCAGCCCUGUUGUUCAGCAAAGUGUCAUCCCGAGACAUGCAGUGAGGCAGUUCGUAUGUGACAAUGUUUGCUGGCCAACGUGUGAUAGUGGCAAGGCCCAAUAGCCGUCCCUCUCCAUCCCCCUUUCCUGGGCCUCCCAGCGUCCCGAGGUGGCCUCACUCAGGGCCGCGACGGGACGUGACCUAUUCCUUCUUUUAGCUUCGAGCACCGCAUAGAUUUGUUGUCCAUUUAUUCUACUACAUAUUUUGUCACUAUUAUUGAUUCCGAGCUAAGUCCGUAUUGUUCAGGAGUGGCUGAUUGUGCUCCACACGGGCAAAUGUGUAUGGGUCACCUCUGCCUAACCCAAAUAAAUCACUGCAGGACAUGAUGUGCACCCCUGUCGAGCUAUUGGCUUUUAUAAAUUUCAAAAAGAA